GUGUUGGAGGUGGCGGCGGCAUGUCAGGGCAGCGGGUAAACGUGAACGUGGGCGUGCUGGGCCACAUCGAUAGCGGCAAGACGGCGCUGGCGCGGGCGCUGAGCACCACGGCCUCCACCGCCGCCUUCGAUAAACAGCCGCAGAGCCGCGAGCGUGGCAUCACGCUCGACCUGGGCUUCUCGUGCUUCUUGGUGCCGCUGCCAGCUCGCCUGCGGUCGGCGCUGCCCGUGCCCUGCCCGGCGCCGGAAACCGGGCCUGAGCAUGGCGAGCCGCAGCUUCAGGUCACGCUGGUCGACUGCCCCGGGCACGCCUCCCUCAUCCGGACCAUCAUUGGCGGGGCCCAGAUCAUUGAUCUGAUGAUGCUGGUCAUUGAUGUGACCAAGGGGAUGCAGACCCAGUCAGCGGAAUGCCUUGUGAUUGGGCAGAUUGCCUGCCAGAAGCUGAUCGUGGUGCUGAACAAGAUGGACCUCUUGGCUGAAGGGAAGAGACAGGCAGCAAUAGAUAAAAUGACCAAGAAAAUGCAGAAGACCCUAGAAAACACCAAGUUUCGAGGUGCACCAAUUAUACCUGUGGCGGCCAAACCUGGUGGCCCAGAGGCCCCUGAAACAGAAGCUCCACAGGGCAUCUCAGAGCUCAUUGAGCUCCUGAUGUCCCAGAUUUCCAUCCCAAUGAGAGAUCCCUCAGGACCAUUCCUCAUGUCAGUGGACCACUGUUUCUCCAUCAGAGGCCAGGGCACUGUGAUGACAGGGACCAUCCUCUCAGGUUCCAUCAGCCUCGGCGACAGUGUGGAAAUUCCUGCUCUCAAGGUGGUGAAGAAGGUCAAGUCCAUGCAGAUGUUUCACAUGCCUGUUACCUCGGCUGUGCAGGGAGACCGACUGGGCAUCUGUGUUACUCAGUUUGAUCCCAAGCUGCUGGAGCGUGGCCUGGUAUGUGCCCCGGAAUCCCUGCACACUGUCCAUGCGGCCCUCAUCUCCGUGGAGAAGAUCCCAUAUUUCCGGGGGCCCCUGCAGACCAAGGCCAAGUUCCACAUCACUGUGGGCCAUGAGACGGUCAUGGGCAGGUUGAUGUUCUUUAGUCCUUCCCCCGACAGCUUUGACCACGAACCUGUGCUAGACACCUUCGAUUUCUCCCGAGAAUACCUGUUCCAGGAACAGUAUCUCUGUAAGGAUCUGGCACCAGCAGCAGCAAGCAGUGGCCAAGCCAACAAGAAGGCAGGCCAGGCCUCAGAAGGUCUCUGUCCCCGACAGCAAUGGGCACUCGUGGAGUUUGAAAAGCCUGUUACCUGCCCUCGACUGUGCCUGGUAAUUGGUUCCAGGCUGGAUGCAGACAUUCACACCAACAUGUGCCGGCUGGCCUUCCAUGGUGUCCUGCUGCACGGACUGGAGGACAAGAACUACGCCGAGAGUCUCCUGCCCAGGCUGAGAGUAUACAAGUUGAAGCACAAGCACGGCCUUGUAGAACGGGUAAUAGAUGACUACAACGUGAUUGGCCGCUCCCUGUUCAAAAAGGAGACCAACAUCCAGCUGUUUGUGGGGCUCAAGGUACACCUUUCCACUGGAGAACUGGGCAUCAUUGACAGCUCCUUCGGCCAGAGUGGCAAGUUUAAGAUCAACAUCCCUGGUGGCCUCAGCCCUGAGUCCAAGAAGAUUUUGACACCAGCACUCAAGAAGCGGAGUCGGGCCAGCAGAGGGGAGGUGGCCAAGCAGGAGGAGGGUGUGGAGCGGCCAGAGCCUACGCAGCAUGUGACACUCAGCCUGUCUUUUAAGCGUUAUGUCUUUGACACCCACAAGCAUAUGGUCCAGUCUCCCUGAGUGACUCCAGGCCACCUUACCUGGGCCCAGGCUGGGCCACAGUGCCAAAUGCCCAACCAGACGUGCCUCAACCUCCUGCAAUCUCUUCUCCCAGCUCUGCAGGCAGCAGAUCCACAGGCCUGAUGUUUAGCAGGAGGCAGUGUCCCUCCACCCCUGCACCCUCCUGCUAGAGGACAGCACCCAAGGAAGAAUGGGACUCAGCUGGAGAGCUGGUGGUCAAUAUCUCCCAGGCUGCCCAGCUGGUGGCCACUGAGGGCCUCACUGGUCCUCAGAGAGACCCAGACAUCAGGCAACCCUGUACUUGCCAGCUGUGAAUAAAUGUCACAUGAUGCCCCUCACCCCCUACCGCUCAU